UAACGAUAUUUUGGGCUAUGUGUUUGGUGACUAGCCCUACUCAGUAUGAAGUGUUGCCAAGAAAAAAGUUAUUUUUACCUUGCUUAAAUAGUGAAACUUCUGAGACGUUUAAACCAUUAUCUACCUUUACCUCGCAGAUUUCUGAGAAUCAAAGCUCUCGACUCGCUAGCAACAAUCAAGUAUUUAUAUUAGCGAGAAAAAGUUCUUCUAAACUAAUUGACUAUCGGCUAAGAAACAAGUCCAGGGAAUUCACUACUUGUCUUCUACUUAACCUGUGCACUUCACACUACGAAUACAGCUGUAAUAUUACCUCACUAUCUUUAAUCCGUUGCCAUCUAACUUAUCUGCCUAAUGUGAUAUGCUCUCUCUAUAACUUGAAAAGUCUUGACAUAAGUCACAAUCAUAUUAAAAGUAUACCAAAAAAGAUAAGGAAUCUUGUAAAAUUGGAACGUUUAAAAUGCGAAGUAAAUUCUUUGCGAAGCUUACCUAAGGAAAUUGGCUUUUGUACUUCUUUAAAAAUUCUAUAUAUUGGUUCAAGCUUUGGUGGUAACUUAUUGGAAAGUCUUCCCAAUACGUUUGGUUUUUUAGAAAAUUUGGAGUAUUUGGACUGCAGUCAUAAUAAUUUAGUUGUGCUCCCAAGUUGCUUAGGAGGGUUGAAAUCUCUUCGCUUUGCCUCAUUUGAAGAUAAUAAAUUAAAGAGAAUACCUAACUCCAUCGGACAUCUUUCUAAUCUACUUCAGCUUAACCUUUCCCAUAACUUACUGGCUACCCUCCCCUCUUCAAUUAUAAAUUGCAAAAGCUUGCGUGUUCUAAACGUGCGUGCUAAUUUUCUUAAAGUAUUACCUGGGGAACUAUUAUUAAUCUCUGAACGCACUACACUACUUUUAGGGGGAAAUCUCCUAGCUUUUCACCCAUCUUCCUGUUGUAAUCACUUUAGUAAUACAUUUUUCAGUUUACAGUCUUCAUCUUAUAUUAAGAAUGGCGGACACUUCUCACUAUAUGGAUCGGUUUUUGCAAAAAGAGGCGUAGUUCUUAAACGAAACUCUGACCAAUUACUUGUUAUCGGUUCUGUAUUUAGAAAGAACUUUUAUUCCACGAUUACAGCGGCUUCGGAGCUAACUGCUGGCGUUAACGACUUUGAUUUCAACACUUUUCAAACUUUCAGAAAAGAAAUGGAUUUUUUUUAUAAAAAAUCACAUUUAAGAAAUACGAGGGAAUUUAUUUUUAGCUCUUCUAUGGAGUCGUUAUGCAACAAGUUGAAAAAUAAUAUUAUAAAGUUUAAAGGAUCUUUUAACAGCUGCACCCUUAGUCCUCGUACUUACACUACGGGAUUAAAGGGUCGUAGUACCCCCAGUACCAAAUUUGAAGCUCCAUUCACACAUUUAAGGAAAAGCAGUUCGGCUAUUCCAACUUUAAAAGAAUUUUCAAGCUGUGCUGUUUUAAGAUGCUUCGCCCUUUUAGGAGGCGCUCAUACCCUAAACCCGAGUGCUUGGCCCGAGAUAGCUUAUCAUGUCGCGAACGUGUUGGAAUCUAACUUAGCUGUUAUUGACCUUCCAGUUGAUAUUAUUCAAUUUUUGAAAACUGCUAAAGGCUGCCAUAACUGUCACUCACCUUGCUUUCUUUCGUCCAAAUUGGCGCUGGUUAGAACUGAGUGUUCAGGUCAUCCAUGCAUCCCAUUUCUCCAGCGCUAUUGCGCUUUUUGUCGCUUAAAUUUUUUUAGGGCUUGUUCUUAUAAAAGAAUAGAGCUACUGUGGUGAACAAAUCUGCUAUUAUGGAUAAAUAAGGUAGCGGGUGAGAACUUUCUUUAACUUUUUUUGAAUGAAGGCCGGCUUCAGAAGUUAACAACGAAUUGUUUGUUUUUUAAUAAAGGGUUAAGACUUAA